UAAUAAAUAAGUUUCCUUUUUCAAAAAAGAGAGGGAGGGUAAUAACAAUAAUACUAUCGAAUGUGUGUAUAUAAAUAAGUCGAAGUAUAUAGGUUUAUAGGAAAGUCAUCUGUACACAUAAUUUAUACACAUUUGUUGUAGAUCAGACCCUCUUAGUAAAAAAAAAAAAGGAUGACACCCCAUCCCUGAGGGCCCCCCAACUACCGACCGGACGGCACGAUGGGAGGAUGUAAAUUGGACUAUAAUCACAAUCUGACAGAUAGAGAGUGGGGCUCUGUCCCCGGUACUUGCAGAGGCCCUAUGCAUUUUUCAGCAUAGUAACCCCUCAUCGCAGUUGCCGGGAUUCGAACCCGAGACCUAACCCUUGUGGCACUCCCUUGCUACCAGUUGAGCUACGCCCACCGGUAGAUCAGACCCUCUUAGUUGUCUGUGUACCGUUCAAAAGUUCCCUCUACAUAUGGAACUAAAUAUUAUCCGCAGCAAAUGUGUAUAAAUUAUGUAUACAAGUAGCACCCUAUGCGUUUACAAUAAAGUCAAAAUAAAAUGCAUUACGUAGUACGUAUGUUUGAUUGGCCGGCCGGAGAGCUACUGGCGGCGGUAAGGCCUAAGCAGCUGAAGGAGAGAACCACUGAGGUGGAGAGACAUGACUUCGCUGGUGGACCCGACGAGCCUUCCGCCAAUGAAAACCGCCGGCAGUGGGGUGGCAACGUUGGCACGGCCCAUGGCGGCAGCGAGGCUGACCUCAAUGUCCUUGCCGUCGCGGUGGUCGGCGUCGAGGUGGUGGAGGUGCGGCUUAACUCCGAGCUUGUGGAAGAGGACGUUAACGGCGUAGGAAAGGCAACAUUCGGUGUUGCUAAAGAUCACCACGCCGUGUUCUGCCGUCAGCCUCUCCACCUUCUCCAUCCGGCCUACAAUUUUACACACCGAUAGGGUUGUUGGUAAGAUCGAUGGGAAUUGUAUACCGACCGAGUCCAGUGGAAGGAGCCCUACUUAUAUAUGAGACCCAGCUCA